ACAUCAUAGGUCGCGACAUCAUAGGUCGCGUGACAGCAAUGUCAGGAGUUGUCCUCGUUACAUGCCCUCUCAAGAAGACAGAACCGGUGAACGUUCAGUCGCCUAUCGAGACGUUCAUAGCAAACACGUAUGGCGGGUUCGACGACUCCUAUCGCACGGCGAUCAACGAUUUCGCCGCCAUGAGAGAAGCGGCCGUGAUACGGUCAGCAGAUCGACACGAAUCGGGCCUAGAACCACUCUACAAGUAUUACGACCAACUGGCGGCAAUGGAAGGAAAGCUACCGAUUUCGGAUAGUCAAGUGCGCAUCAAGUUCACGUGGUAUGACGCCUUCUCGAAGGAGUCGUUCUUCAGUGGAGGAACAAAAGAGUCCAUGCACAGCAAUGCGUUUGAGCGCGUGUGUUUGUUGUUCAAUAUUGCUGCGCUGCAGAGUCAGAUUGCGAAGGGUCAGAAUUUUGAUAGUGAUGAGGGGCUUAAGACGGCUGUGAAACAUUUUCAGGGAGCAGCUGGUGUCUUCUAUCAAGUGAAAGAGGUGGUAUAUAUUCAAUUUGCUAAACUUCCAUUACCAGAUAUGUCAUCCGAAGUACUGGGAGCUCUUUCAGCCACCAUGUUAGCUCAAGCUCAAGAAAGUCUUUACUAUAAGACAACACUUGCUCGUAUGAAGAAUCAGAUAUGUGCAAAGGUUGCUGCACAAGCUGGCGAUCUUUAUUCUGAAGCUGCACGUCUUGCACGAGAUGCUACUGCUGCAAAGAAACUGGAUAAAGAAUUUGUUGCAAUUGUCUCAGCUAAACAUCCAUACUUUCAUGGUAUUGCUGAGUUUCAUGAAGGACUGGCAUGCAAAGAAGAGGCAAAAUAUGGUGAAGCAAUUGCCAGAUUCAGAAUGGCAUAUGGAGACAUGAACGAAACUGCCAAACGUGGCGAACAGUAUUUCAAGCCAGGGGAUGUAUAUUCCCGUAUUCGCAAUGAACUUGCCCAAACAGAGAAAGACAAUAACGUUAUUUACAGUGACCUUAUCCCACAACCUUCAGCAAUCGCUCCGAUUGGUCGAGCUGCUCUUGCCAAGCCAGCGCCUCUCACUUUGCCAGCAUCUCAACAUCAGGAUUUGUUUGCUAAAAUCGUGCCAAUGACAGUGCACAAUGCAUUAGCAAUCUAUGAGUCGAAGAAGGAAGCUUUGGUUCAGGCUGAGGUUGGAAAGUUGAGGGAAGCAUCACAGAUGCUGAAUGGAACACUGUCUAGCUUGAACCUUCCUGCUGCUAUCGAGGACACAUCUGGCAACGAAGUUCCUCCAUCUCUUCUCGAGAAGGCGGCUGCGUUAAGAGAGAGCGGAGGCAUAUCGACCAUACAGAAGUUGUUUCAUGAUUUACCAGAACUCCAACAGAGAAACAAAGAGAUUUUAGAAGAGGUAAUACGAAGUAUGGAUGAUGAGGAGAGGGCAGAUCGUGGGUUGAAAGAACGUUUCCAGGAGAAGUGGACACGGCAGCCAUCUGCGUUGUUGUUUAAGGAAAUGAGAGCCGAGGCUCAGAAAUACAUGACAAUCUUGACAAACGCAACACAAGCGGAUGGAAUUGUGAGGCAGAAGUAUGAUGCACACGUCAAUGGAAUGACGUUAUUAAGCAAAUCAGAGGGUGAACUUACUGCUGCCAUUCCAAAGGGUGGACCAUCGUCUGUAAGCUCUGGGUCAAAGGCUGCUGGUGAUCUGAGAAAACUUAUGGAUCAAGUCAAUGCAUUGAAAUUACAACGAGACAGAACUGAAGAGUCACUAAAGAGUGCAACUGCAGACAUAUCUGCUCGUUUCUUGGCUGCGCUUGAUGCUGAUGGAAGCCUUGCUACAGACAGCAUCUCUGAUGCUCAACUGAGUGAGACGUAUGGGUCACUACAGGUUGAAGUGCAGCAAAGCUUGUCUGAACAGGAGAAUCUUGUUGCAAACAUUCAGGCUGCUCACGGUCGAUUUGUAUCAGAGAAGGGCAGUAGUGCUGGUGCUAGAGAGAGCGUUUUGAAAGAUCUUGCCGCUGCUUAUGAUGCUUUUACAGAAUUGAAGGCAAACCUUGAAGAAGGAACUAAGUUCUACAAUGAUCUAACUCAAAUCCUUGUCAAGUUCCAAUCAAAAGUUGAAGAUCUCAUAUUUGCUAGAAACACCGAGAAAGAAGACCUCACACGGGACUUGCAAAAGUCUUUAGCCAAGCCUGACCCUCAGCCACCUCCUGUGGCUCCAUCUUACCAGGCAGCUGAAGCACCUCAAGCCAAACCACGGUCUCGUCCACCGCCACCACAAUCAACACAAGGGACAGCUAUUCCUCGGAACCCUCCACCUUCUCAACCAUCUCAUGCUACAGCUCCACCUCCAGGCUACCCUCAACCGCCACAGCCAUAUGCGGCGUCAGCUCAACCAAACGCACCGCCUCCUCAGAAUCCAUCCUACGGUCAUGGAGGACACCCACAACCAUAUGCUCCUCCAUACUCGUCUGCUCCUUAUCCUGCUGCUACUGCUCCACAGUAUGGUGGACCAUAUUACGGUGGUCCUGGUUUUCAACAGCCUUAUGGAUACGGUCAGGCACCACCACCACAAGGAUAUCAGAAUUACCCUCCUCAGGGGUCGUAUCCCGGUUAUCCUCCCUAUCCUGGUUACCCUCCCCCUCGAGGCCACUAUCAACCACCUGGUGGAUACCAGCAACACUAGCUAUAUGAUGUGUACUGUAAUUGAAAUAAUGUGACUGAUUUUGAGUUUUCCAUAGGAUUGAUAUACGCUGGUAAUGUCGUUAGUAGUUAUUUUGUGUCUCAUAGAAUGUGCAUCUUUGA